AUGAACAUCGGCACCACCAUCAAUGUCCCUACCCCCCCACAAUCUCCCACCGCCUUCCAACUCAAAACCUUCGCCUCUUCCUCCUCAGCCCCUUCUACCCCUCCUAUCAGCACAGUCAUCAACGUUGGCACUCCUGGCGCCCAGACUCCUUCCUCAUCCACCUCGUCAUACUUCCCCAAUAUCAUCGCCCCUCAGGUGCAACAGCAGCAGCAAAGCCUUUCAUUGGUAUCACUCCUGAACCAGUCAGUGACAAGGGCUGUAAUCCUCUUGACGGUUAUCCUGUCAUUAGUGGGCCUCGGAGGAAAGUUCCCUGAGCACUGCGUCUCGCCCUCCUAUGUUCUCUAUGCUGGCGAAUACCUUUCCCUUCUUGCGUCGCCCUUUGUCAUCCCAUUGACGCCAUCGCUCCUCGCCGUCGCCCAGGUCGGCCUGGUAUCGUCCGUCAUUCUCGCUACGACCAACAUCCUCUCCUUGGCUCUCUUUGAAGAUCAAUUGACGACAGUCUUCAAUGGUGAUGGUUCCAGGAUUUUCCGCAACCUCUUCCUCGUCAUGAUGGUCCUGACCAUGGCCUUGCGCACACUCAUGGGCUUUGUCUUUUCCCGGGCCACUGGCUGGCAUAUCCCUGAACUCUUCUUCAGCGAUUCCAUGUUUGAGUGCAACUUUGGCCUUGCCCCUUAUCUCUUUGGCCUCUUGAUGGUUCAGUCCUUGUUUCCCACCUCAAACGAAAAAGCGCCUUCCUUCUGGAAUGUGAGGAGGACACACGUUCAGCUCAUCCUCUGCCUCGUCAACGUCAUCCCCAAGACAAUCGUUUGGUGGGCUGGCGCUGGCAUGAUCGUCGGCUUCUUUGCUUCCCUCGCCAUCUCUUUCCAGCGCCGUCUGGGUCGCUGGGGUGGAAAGGUCAAGACUUCGGCCUUUGAGAAGAACAUGUGGGAGGAGGAGAUCUACGAGGCCAUGUUGGCAGAGGACGAUUCCUUUUCCGACUCGACCGUCACCGGGGAAUCCUCGACAACCUUCAAGGAAAAGAAGACUUCUCUCUCAGCUACCUGGAAGGUCAUGGUCUAUGUCCUGCCUACUCUGCUCUUUGUCCUCUUGAUCCUCGUCGGAUGCAACCAGUUUCACACCCUCAGGGAAGACAUCCCCAAUGACGUCAUCAGCCGCACGAUUGAGCCUCAGACACCCUACCUCUUGACCCUGGUCUUGAUGACAGCACCCAGGAAGGGUGGAGCGACUUAUAUCAAGGAAACCCUUUCAUCCUACCUCGCCCACUUUCCCGAUGAGGAGGUCGACUUGCUCUACUCCAGGAUCCAGAUUGUUGUCUACACUCAUUUCACGGAUUUCCCAGGAUAUGAUGACGCCAAGGCCUACUUUGACACCAUUCCCAAGGCCCGCAAGCACGUCAAGUGGGUCCGCGACGAGGGAUCGGAGAAGAACCAGCGCAAGCAUUUGGUCAGCGCGAUCCGCAAGAUUGGCACUGUCGACGAGUCUGUGUACUUGGGCGUGAUGGAGGACGAUUUUCCUUUUUGCGACAAUGGCUGGCAAGAGAUGCUCAACACGAUCUAUAGGGCUCACACGGAGGUUAAGGAUCACUGCGGCGUCUUCGUCGGAACUGGUGGCAGUGGCUUGAUCUUUAAGCGCUCGGUUGCAUUGACAGCUUCAUUCAUCCUCGAGAACGAUGUCCAGACGGUGGCGCUGGGUCUGAACGCCCCUCCGCCAGAUAUCAGUCUUCAGGAUUGUCUUAUGGGCGAGCACGAGUUUUGUUCUAGCUGUGCUGGCACCUUGGUGACAAGCCGUACUUUGCUCCAGAGACAUCUUGGCUACAACUCUUCGACCAGCGGUGAUGGCUACGACAAGAACCAGUUCCAAUGCGGAUGGAGACAGCCCUUCAACGGCAUGCCUAAUGUACAUACCCUCUAA